AUGGAUUUCACGAGUGAUGACGACACUCGUGACCUCCACGAGUCGCAGAUUCAGUCGCCGAACACGCAGAGGUUCGUACCGCUAGAGAAGUUUGUAGAUGUUGAGCUGAGCGCGGAGCUGCCCUUCGAAACUCCUCCACCUGAUGUUGUCGGCUCUAUUAACAGCACCUUUGAGAAUAGAGAUGCUUUAUCCCACAAUUCACCGUCGGACAGUGACUCUGGUGAAAGUCUGUUUUUAACACAGUCUGUGACUUCAGCGGUUAGAACUGUAAGGCGCUGCAAAUCAACAGAUAGAUCGGGGUCCAUCGCCAAUGAUGAUCCUGACGAAGAGAGUGAAAGGAACAGCAGGAGAGGUCCAGGGAAUCAAGCCAUUGAAUCUGAGGAGGGAUGUGGAGGUCACCGUCAGCAUACAGAGCUCCCAAAAAAAGGAAAAGGUUCUGGACUAUCUGGUUCAAAGCACAUUCAACACCCUAAAAGAGCACCUUUUCCCUUUUUGUUGAAGCAAAAAAGAAGACGGCGCCUGUCCCUAAAGAAGAACCAAAUUCUAGAGAACUCAGAAAUUGGAGGGUUCUUCAAAUGCAUAAAGAAAUUUGAGAAGGGUUAUAUGAAUACAGGAAUAACACUCAGUUCAUGGAUGUUGGAGCCUGAGCUAAACGGAGACUCAGAGGUGGAUGAGCGAAACAGUGAUCAUGAAGUCACAGUGGUGGAUAAAGCUGUUUUUGUUCCAAAAUUCAAUAUAAGGCCUACACAAACAUGGCGCCCACAAUCCAUCCUGAAGAGGAGGAAAGCUGUAAUGCCUUCAUCUCAGGACCCUGAUCUGUUACAACACAUAGAACAUGUGGAUGAUGUCAAAAACACUUCAAUAAAGAACGUCAAAAGAAAAACAAAUGCUAGCUCAAAGCUAAAAAAUAUUAGCCAUCUUCCACAGACCCAGAAAAAUGCAAUGAAUGAAUUUUCACAAUCAAAAAAGAGAUGUAAAACAGCAGCCAAAAAACGCUCUGUUUGUUCUGCCAAGUCUCUUAGUGUCCCUCUCCUUAAGGAACAUGAGGCACAGCAGAUUCUCUCAGAGCUCUCAGAUUCUGCUCAUCUGCGACAACCACUUAUUCCGCAGAUCAUUAGUUCUGUUGAGAACUCUGGUGUUAAAGCUUCAGAUGGAGGUAAUUUGAGGGUAAUUGAAGAGAUACAGAGACUGAACUCUGAAGAGGCAUUUACAGAAGCAGCGACUGAUAUGACGCAAGAGGUUGAAGUGAGAUCUAUAGCACAAAGCAAUUCUUGCUCUCCACCCCAUUCAAUACAUAAUGAUACUCAAUAUUCUGAUGGCAACAGUGAAAUUGGCUCUCUGGAUUUAUACAUGCCAUUAGAUAAUGUGAUCAAGGUAAAAAGGACAAACAGACUGGAUAGAUGUGUCAAUGCAGAAGUUGCUGUGCGUGCCAGCAGCACCAAACACUCUGAAUCCCAAGAGACCAGCCACAAUUCUGUGGAGUCGUAUACUGAACUGCUCUCUGAUAUCAAUUACCAAAGUAAAAGAAGAAAAAAAUGGUCACUAUCUCCUAAAGAUAUUAAAGUUUCACAUGUAGAGGAAACCACAGACAUGCAACCAGCAACUGAUCAUUUACUACUAGCUAAUGAACCAAUAAGAGAUGUUUCCUCAAAUUCGUGUGACCAUGUCCUUGUGAGCAGAAAAAGGGCAACGGUAGAGAUACCCAUGGAAACAGAAGAUAGUCCUCUGUUUAAACACGUUGGACCGAGCUUUCUGAAAAAGAAGAAAAAGAAGGUAAUAGGAGCUACUGUCAAAUGUCUAGAUUUUAUGCAGUGUGAUACAAAUAUUGAUGUGAGUCAGAAUGUGAGUUCUCCAUCUCAAGGCGAUGACGUCACUAAACUUAAAAUGUCAUACAGAAGGGAAUCAUGUGAAGUGGAGGAUUUAGGAACCAGCAAAAAGCAAAUGGCAGCAUCUGUUUCACAGUCCAGCAAAACGGCAGACUUUGAGAUAAGUAAUUUAUCGGUGGUGACAGACAGCACUGUUCUCACAAAAGUUAAGAUGAAAAAGCAGAAAUUAGACAAACAGGAAGAUAAAGAGCUUGAUACAGGUACUUGCACUGUUGAAAAUGUUCAGUCAAGUCAGUACACUGAACUGAAUCAUAGUGAGUCACAAACUAUUGAGUUGCCAUCCAAAAGAAGAAAAAAGAAGAAUAAAGACAAAGAGAGAAAUGGAACAACAUAUGUAAAGUUAAGUAGUGCAGGAAACAACCCAUCAAACAAAACUUUGGAUUGCAUUGCUUAUAGACCUGCAGAUUUGAGAGUAAAUUAUUUGAAUUAUUUUACUGAGACCAGUGAGCUUGAACAGAAUUCAGAGGAAAAUACAGGAUUGCCCACUGUAGCUAUGUUCAAAUCAGUGAAAAAGAAGAGGAAGAAAACGGCUGGGAGUGAGCAAUAUAUAUCAGUUGAUUUGGAUCUGGAUGCAAGUUCUGUGUCUCUGUUUGAUGAGGUCAACACGCUGAGAGUGCUUGCACAACAGAAGUCGAGUACAGAAGAGAUCAUUGAAGAAAGGCCACAUGAUGACAGAGCAGUUGAACAUUUGGAAAGUAAUACAGCAGGUAUAAAUGUUGCCAAACACAAAAGGAAAAGUCAGAAUGCGAGUUGUUCAUUUCAAGGUGUUGACAUCGGACUGGGAAAUACUGUGUCAGACUCACAAUUGGGGAAUACAGCAGAACUCUUACAGAAAACAAGUAAUUUAUCCAUGGUUUCAGACAGCACGGUCCUCACACAGGUUAAACAGAAAAAGAAGAAAAAGCACAAAUUAAAAGAACAGGAGAAUGAAGAGCCUGAUUCAGAUACUUGUACCGUAGAGCAUUUUAACUCCUUUGAGUCUGAAACUUCUAUUUUGCCAUCCAGAAGAAGAAAAAAGAAGAAAAAAGAUGCAACAAUUAGCCCAUCAACAAAAAGUUUGGUACAUGUUGAUCAUAGACCACCAGAAAUGAGAGCUAAUGAUUUGAUUCAGUCCUGUGAAGCCACUGAGAUCCAUCAGCUUAUUGACACAUCAGAGGAGAUUACAGGAUCACCUAGUGUAACUACAUUAAAAUCAGCAAAGAGGAGGAAGAAAAAGGAUUGGAGUGAGAAACAUCAGGAUGAAUCUGUUCAUUUGGAUCUGGAUGUGAGUUCUGUGUCUUUGUUUGAUGAUGUCACUGGUUUGAGAGCCGUGGAACAAGAGGAAGAUAGGCCGACUAUGGAUGAGAUCAUUGAAGAAAGGCCACAUGAUGACAGAGCAAUUGAACACUUGGAAAGUAAUACAGCAGGUAGAUUAAGUAGUGCAAAACGAAAAAAGAAAAUUCAGAAUGUGAGUCGUUCAUUUCAAGGUGUUGAUGUCGGACUUCAAAAAACCGUGUCAGACUCACAGUCUGGGAAUACAGCAGAACUCUUACAGAAAACAAGUCAUUUAUCCAUGGUUUCAGACAGCACGGUCCUCACACAGGUUAAACAGAAAAAGAAGAAAAAGCACAAAUUAAAAGAACAGGAGAAUGAAGAGCCUGAUUCAGAUACUUGUACCGUAGAGCAUUUUAACUCCUUUGAGUCUGAAACUUCUAUUUUACCAUCCAGAAGAAGAAAAAAGAAGAAAAAAGAUGCAACAAUUAGCCCAUCAAUAAAAAAUUUGGUACAUGUUGAUCAUAGACCACCAGAAAUGAGAGCUAAUGAUUUGAUUCAGCCCUGUGAAGCCACUGAGAUCCAUCAGCUUAUUGACACAUCAGAGGAGAUUACAGGAUCACCUAGUGUAACUACAUUAAAAUCAGCAAAGAAGAGGAAGAAAAAGGAUUGGAGUGAGAAACAUCAGGGUGAAUCUGUUAAUUUGGAUCUGGAUGUGAGUUCUGUGUCUUUGUUUGAUGAUGUCACUGGUUUGAGAGCAGUGCAACAAGAGGAAGAUAGGCCGACUAUGGACGAGAUCAUUGAAGAAAAGCCACAUGAUGACAGAGCAAUUGAACACUUGGAAAGUAAUACAGCAGGUAUAAAUGUUGCCAAACACAAAAGGAAAAGUCAGAAUGCGAGUUGUUCAUUUCAAGGUGUUGACAUCGGACUGGGAAAUACUGUGUCAGACUCACAAUUGGGGAAUACAGCAGAACUCUUGGAGAAAACAAGUAAUUUAUCCAUGGUUUCAGACAGCACGGUCCUCACACAGGUUAAACAGAAAAAGAAGAAAAAGCACAAAUUAAAAGAACAGGAGAAUGAAGAGCCUGAUUCAGAUACUUGUACCGUAGAGCAUUUUAACUCCUUUGAGUCUGAAACUUCUAUUUUGCCAUCCAGAAGAAGAAAAAAGAAGAAAAAAGAUGCAACAAUUAGCCCAUCAACAAAAAGUUUGGUACAUGUUGAUCAUAGACCACCAGAAAUGAGAGCUAAUGAUUUGGUUCAGUCCUGUGAAGCCACUGAGAUCCAUCAGCUUAUUGACACAUCAGAGGAGAUUACAGGAUCACCUAGUGUAACUACAUUAAAAUCAGCAAAGAAGAGGAAGAAAAAGGAUUGGAGUGAGAAACAUCAGGGUGAAUCUGUUAAUUUGGAUCUGGAUGUGAGUUCUGUGUCUUUGUUUGAUGAUGUCACUGGUUUGAGAGCCGUGGAACAAGAGGAAGAUAGGCCGACUAUGGAUGAGAUCAUUGAAGAAAGGCCACAUGAUGACAGAGCAAUUGAACACUUGGAAAGUAAUACAGCAGGUAGAUUAAGUAGUGCAAAACGAAAAAAGAAAAGUCAGAAUGUGAGUCGUUCAUUUCAAGGUGUUGACGUCGGACUUGAAAAUACUGUGUCAGACUCACAGUCUGGGAAUACAGCAGAACUCUUACAGAAAACAAGUCAUUUAUCCAUGGUUUCAGACAGCACGGUCCUCACACAGGUUAAACAGAAAAAGAAGAAAAAGCACAAAUUAAAUGAACAGGAGAAUGCAGAGCUUGAUUCAGAUUCACAUAAUGUAGAAAAUGUUCACCCAGUUGAUUCAGAAACCUCUAUGUCCAUAGAAGAACCAUCAAGAAGAACAAAAAAGAAGAGAAAAGACUAAGUAAUUAAAAUGACAAUGUGUGAAAAGGGCAAAAAUGCAACAAUUAGCCCAAUAAGUGAAAGUUUGGACUGCAUAGCUGAUAUAGCAAGAUAUUGAGACCUGUGAUCUUGAGCAUAUUCAGAAAUCAAAGGAAAUUACAGGAUGUCCAUCACCCAGUGUAACUAGAUUAAAAUUAGUGAAAAAUUAGACAAAAGAUAAGAGUGAUUUUUAGAUGUGGACAUGUGUUUUGUGUCUCAGUUCGAUACUAAUGAGCAAGCAAAAGAUAAGUCAACUACACAAGAAAUUAUUGAAGAAAGGCCAAGUGAUCUUAUUGAACAUUUGGAAAUUAAUACAGCAGCUAACUUUAAUAUUGUUAAAUGCAAAAAGAAGAGAGAAAGGUCAAAUGUAUCUAUUAAUGGCAAUUCUGACUUGAUCCACUCUGUGGCACAACAAGAGGAAACAGUAAUGCUUGCGAGACCAAAGAAAAUUAAUGUACUGAUACUGAAGCCCUUUCUGAAACCUGAAACAAUGUCAAAGAAAACUGGAAGAGAAAGAAAAAGGAGGAAAUAAAGGAGCACAGAAAUCAGAAUGCUGUCUCACCUACAGGAGUACACCAAGAUGACGCACCCAAGACUCCAGAAAGGACUUGUUGAGACUAAAUGUAAUGCUAAUAUCAUUGUUCUGUCACAGAGUAAAUGGGAUACAAAGAAGAAAUGAACCUAAAGGGGGUAAUUCAAUUGUAUUGCUAUCUGGAGAGCAAUAUCACUUUUAUACUCAGAAUCAGAAUUUUAAUUUUUAUUUAUAAUCCAAAUAUUUUGACAGCAUAAUUGCAAUCGUCAGAAUUUCUUUGUAGAUUUCUAUUUUAUGGACACUUUAUGCAUACUUUGCUACAGAGAAAUACAAAUGGUAAUGUAAGUAAUCGGUUUCCCUUAUGCAUUAAAUAUAUAUUUACUGAUCUAAUCUAUUUUAUUUUACUCCUAUUCAAACUCUCAAUGUCUUUUUACUAAAUGUAAAAACAAUGUUUGUUUUGAGUGUUUAUAAUUUGUGACCAUAAUUGCAUGUUGAAUAUAGAGAACUCAUGUUCAUGCUCCCACAGUACAGUGCACAUUUAUGUUCAAAAACACAGUUUGACAUAAACUGACCUUUAGCUGUUGUAUAAAUUAAGCAUAUUCAGGUUUUUUAUUUUUUUAUUCUAAUGUCAUCUAAAAAAAAGACACAUUUAAUUUUUACAUUACAGGUCUAGAGAAAAGCUACUAAUAGCCUCAAUUGCGAUUCCCAGGGUGUAACCCAGGGGGUUUUUGAGCAGAUCCCAGGGGUACACAAAAAUAGAGUAACAUUUUGGUUUGAUACAUUCUGUUUAAAGGUAUAGUUCACCCAAAAAUGAAAAUUCUCAACAUUUACUCACCCUCAUGCCAUCCCAGAUGUGUAUGACUUUCUUCUGCUGAACACAAAGGAAGAUUUUUAGAGGAAUAUCUCAGCUCUGUAGGACCAUACAAUGUGGCCUUUGAAGCUCCAAAAAGGAGAUAAAGUCAGCAUAAACCUAAUCCAUGUCUUCUGAGGCGAUCCAGUUAGCGAUCCAGUUAUGGUGAGAACAAACCUAAAGGUAACUCAGUUUUCACUGUACAUCUCUUCAUUGCAGUCUCUUGGCACGAUAAUGAUUUCAAGCUUGAUUAAACUUUCUGGUGAGAAGAAAGUCAUACACAUCUAGGAUGGCAUGAAGUUGAGUAAAUGAUGAGGGAAUUUUCGUUUUUGGGUGAACUAUACCUUUAAUGCGUGUCCAAAGACGAGAUUCACACAAUUGAUUUUGUCUCUUUUAAUAUCCUUUCUGUUCUUUACAGUCAGUUGUUGAUCAAAAAUUAUUAAAAAAAAGAAUACAUUUAUUUUUAAGAAGUGUGCAACUCUUUUGUUAAUUUGUGCUCAACCAGAACAAAAUGCUAAACUGUCUGUAUUCUUAGACACAGUAUUGUUGUAUCAUUUGUUCUGCAUAUCAAUGAGCACAAUUACAUGCAUGUCCUUAGCCCGAAUAUGCUUAACCGACAAAGUGUGUGGUCAUAUUAAUGCAUUAAAUGGCUUUCCUUUACUAGCAUGAAGUCAUAAAUAUCUAAAGAAUAAACUAAUUGACAAGGGUAGAUUUUUGCCCAGUACCCCAUUUUCACAUUGUAUGUGAACACCUUUACUGUGUGUGCAUGACUAUUAGAGUUCUGCUGUAUUCCACAAUUGUGAGUCUGACACAGUUUUUCCCAGUCCAAUGUCAUCACCUUGAAAUGAACAACUUGCAUUCUGACUUUUGACAGCAAAAGCAGAGAAUAACUUGAUUUCUUUAAAUCUCAUGUUAAUGCUGUUCCCUUUAAGGGAACUUCAAUGUCAUAAAUUGGUGCUCCGGACACUAAGGACUAUGCCUGGGGUCUUCAACUAUUUUCAGGCCAAGGGCCCCUUGGUAUGUAGAGAGACAGAGCAGGGACCUCCGUUGCAUAUUGUCUGAAAAUUGUCUUGCAUUUUAUGCCUAUAAAAAAAGUGUAUGGUACCAUUAUUGUAUUUAUAUAUUUUUAAUGUUUACACUG